UCAUUUCACAUUUGUAUAAAUCUGUAUCGUACUACUAAAAUUAUGUGACUUAUUGAUAUUUAAUAAUAAAAAUUAAAUCGUUUCUAUUGGCAAUUCGAAAAAUUAUGGAUUCAUUUAGUGAAAAUGUGCUUAUGGCCACACGUUCACGUGUUAAUUUAAGUUGUGAUGACGUCAAGCGAGGAUAAUGUAACCUUAAAAGUGCAAGAAGUGACCAACAACAAACUUUGUUUUAUUUUAUCAUUACUAUCAGUUCGAAAAUUGUAUUGAUAUGUCACACUUCGGAGAUUUUAUGGACGGUGUUCCCGUUAAAAUAUCUGAGAAGUACAAGCGUCCUUCACCAAUAGAGUUACCCUACAAUGUAACUGAAUGUCCUUUACGUGCACAGAAUGUUGUCGAUUGCGUAAAUUACUGCUCUACAUUUGAGCGUAACAUUCUUGCAAAACUUAAAGAACUAAGAAGUGCAAAAGAGACCAAGAAAAACGAAAGACGACAUCGUCUUCACCUUCUUGAAGAGGCGAAGCAAAAGAAACUUGAUGCUAUUGCUGCAGCUGAGGCUGAGGAGAAGCUAAAGCAACUGAGCAUUUCUGAAGUGUCUUAUCCCAGCACUGAAGAGAUAAGCCCACUCUCACCCGAUGAUAAGCCAGAGCAUAACUGUGAUACCUCAGUUCAAGACAAUAUUGUUACUAAUAAUUCUGAUACAAAUAAAUCAACUAGUGUAGAUAUUAACUUGACUAACAUUGCCCAGGACUCUCAGUCAAGCAUCUUACAACCUAUCCAAGUUCAGUCCAACUAUCAGCAAUGCAGUUUGCUUGAUGAUCCUGAUCCACUUCAAGAAUUGAAAUUCACUACAAAUAUAACAAAGGCACAGUAUUCACACAAUGUGGAAACUUUGACUUUUAAAGAUUUUGAAAAUGACACAUCUAGCCCAUUUGAUAAUGUUGAACUGAAAACUAUAAAUGAUAUGGAAUUAUUAGCUCAAGUUUUACAAAGUCAAAGAGAUUCAAGUGUUAGUUGUCAAAUGCAAAGUUACCCUGAUCAAGUGUAUUCAGGAUAUGCCAACUGUGCUACACAGGCCCAACUUGAUGGAGGUACAUACCUUCCCAAUGCAUACCAACAGACAAUACAAGAUCCAAACAUUAUGUAUUCAUCUCCCCAACACUUUCCUGUCUCUAAUGGAUUCUAUGUUCAAGCAGACACAAUCUGUGAUAACACUUUGCCUUUAGACAAUGUGUAUGUUCCCAAUUAUCAAUAUUAUGUUCCUACUCAAACAUAUGCUGAUCAAUACUAUAACGCAUCUACAUCAGCAGAUAUCAGCCAAGUUGCAAAUGGUUCAUACAUUUCUCAGCCUUACUAUUAUCAGUAUCAACCAUAUUAUGAUCCAAAAAUAAAUACUGAACAGAAUAAUGUAACAUCAAGCAGUUCACAGAAUAUAAAAUCUAGAUCAAGAAGUGUGCCAGACAUUGUGAGAGAGUUGAAUGAAGAAUUAGCUACAGCUAAAUUAAGGGCUUAUGAAAGGUCUUGUAAUGUUAGCCCAGCACCAGUAACCAUUGUGCCUAGGUCUUCCUCUACUAGUGAGAAAAGAGAUAGUAGGAGAAGGAAACAAGAGCAGUUACCAAACCCAUUUGAAAAGUUUCCACCUCAGUUGCAAAGUGUUUGUCAAAAAAUUCAUGGCAUGGGCUUCCCACUAGAUCGGGUAGCAAGAGUAUGCAGUUUAGUUGGUGACAAUGAUAAAAAGAUAAUAGAAGGUCUUCUGAUUGUUGGAGAGCUCAUGGAUCUAGGUUUCUCUGAAGGAAAAGUAUCAGCAGCUCUUGCUAAACAUGAAUUUAAUAGAGAUAAGGCAUUAGAUGAGUUGGUUUCAUAGCAAUGAAUGCAAGUCCGCUGGUUAAUGAAUUUAAUGAGACUACUGAGCCUUAUCAAGGUAUUCUAUGCCAAUAUUAUGUCUUGAUGUCUGGAGGCUUAUUGUUACACUGGCCCUGGAAGAUUUAAGGCAGUUGCAAAGAUGCUGUGGUAAGAUGAAACGGCUUGAUAUAGUGUUUCAAAGAAGUUGUUUAGACAUUAGUGGUAAAGAAUAUUUUAUAUCUUUUAGCUCGUAUGACUUGCCAGACAUUUGGGAAAUCUAUAUCCACUUUUAUGCUUCCCAGACACGUUAUCUAUUAUAUAAAAUUUUAGUAGCAAAUUUUCACCCAAGAGUUAUUGUUACAUUUAAACAGAGAUAUUGAUAGGUAAAUGGUUGGUUCAUCUUCCAAAAACAAAAAUAAUUUAAUGCUAUACUUUUAUAGUUUCAGUGAUAUCAUAAUCUUCUUUUGGUCUUAUUAAAUUCAUUUCAUCUAUAGCCAUACACUGAAUUUGUAACAUGUUACAAUAUAAAUAUCAAUGGCCUUACUACUAUUAGAUCUCAUUUAAAUACAUUUCCAUCUGAAUGCUGUAAUAUAAUUUCUCUUUAACAAAUUUUUAUGUUUGAUAAGGAAAAUAUUUGAUAUCCACCAAGUUUUGACGGGACUUUUAUCACACAUGAACCUAAAAGCUCACCUUAAAUAGUGAAAACAAGUUAUCAUUUUAGAAUUUAUGGUCACUGUGAGUUGCAUUGCAGUGUUUUUAUCUUUAAAGUUAUAUUCCGUAAUAACUAUUAUUAUUAAAAGUAUAAUACUCCUUCACUUCCCAGGAUUUGAGGAGUUGUUUACUCAUCAAAUCCUAAACUAUAAUAUACUAAAUGGUUCAUUUUAACAAGUUGCAACGAAGUAUAUUAAUAAGACUGUUCAUUUUUAUGAUUAUGUCAACAACUCUAUUGUUAUAAAUUGCCACUUUGUACUUUCUUUUGUUGCCAUUUGGGGUCCUGAGUACCUAACCAUCACCCAACAAAUAAUGAUUAAGUCCGUCACUGAAUUGGGACAUUUAACACUACUUGAAUUACAUUUUUGCAGUUGUAUAUUUUUUAAUUCCAGAUUUAGCAAUAUAAGCAUAUUAUGUUAUGUUAAACAUAUUUUUUUUUGUUAUUUUGUAAAUAAUAGUACAAUUCAUGGUAAUAUAUCUUGUCCAUUGAUUUUGAUUUAAAAUAAUGAAUUUAUUUUACAAUAAUAGGUAGCCAUUCAUUCAAUAUUAUUUAUUACUCAGUAGAAAGUAAGUAUUGAUUGGUAAUUUAAACAGGUUCUUUUAAAAAAAAAUUGUAAUAGAGGAAGAUCAAUUUAAAUUAUUCCGUUGUUAAAUAAUUUUUUCGUUUGUUUUGUAUAAUGUAUAUCAGCUUAAAUGCCAGAUAAAUUAGACAAAAGAUUGGCUCUGACAGGCAUUACGUCAGGCUUCGCUUAGCAAAAAAAGGGGGUUUAGUUCUUAUUAAUUUGCUAAUGUUCAAGUUUCGUUACAUAUACUCGUCGGGGAGGUGCAUUAUAUCAUCAUUGUAUCAGUCAAUUAUUAAUAAAUUGAAAAUUUUGGGAAUAAUUUAAUUUGCACGCACUUGGGUCAGAUGCUUGCCUAAACUGCCAAAAACUCAGCCUAAUGAUGAUAAUAUUCAUUGUUAAUACUCAUGGAACUAAAUAUCCGAAAUGUUUUAUAACACGUUUAGCCGAAGACGUAAUAAAAAGAAAAUGUUUGCAUUAAUUGUCACCUGCCUUGGUCAGCCUGAGCCAACUUGAGUGAUACUGUCUAUAAUGCUUGGGCAUAGGGCGCGUGAUUUUCUAUAGCUUAAAUAUAUAUAAAUUAUUGUAUAAAUAAAAGAGUUAUUUUCA